AUGGCUCAACGUCAACUUUCGCGUACUCUGCCGAAGAACUUUACCUUCUCCCUCGGCGACAAUGAACCCAAGACUCCCGAGCGCCCUAGCACCACCAUGAAUGUGCCUCCUCCACCUCGUCAUUCAAUCUCCAGCGGCCGUCUGCCUAGAGUUCGGGCUCGUGCCGGUACCAAUGUCUGCGCUCGCAUGGACAUGGAUAUGUUCCAAUUCCACGGCUCUGAUGUUCCCCUGCCUUCAAUUGAAGUGCCCCAACCGACCACCGACCUCGAGGCGCCUUUAUUCCGUGAUUUUGCCAACGAUGAGGGAUAUCUUGCCCCCCUCGCGCGCGAAGGGAUUUUAAGACGCCACCUGCGCAGAUCCGUGACACCUGGCCCAAAUGACAUCAAGCGCCCAGACUCGGCUUGCUCGACUUUGUCAAAUUCUUCAGUUGAAUCCAUUGAAACGUUCGCAUCCCGACCGUCUGUAGGAAGUUUCACCAGUGUCGAGAGCGAUUUGUUUGACUCUUACUUCCCUUUGGAGAUGUCUAAAGAACCUGAGAUUGAGUCGCCUUCGCGACCCCAGAAGCAGUCGGUGAAUGUCAAAGUGUCCAAGAAGUCCUGGACUCGCGACAUGGAUACCCACUUAUGGAAUACCUACCAAAUCUAUCUUCAGGACCCUACUAUGACCCCAUUCAAGAUGACCCCUGGUAGUAUCCCUCCUCUGGGAGUCACCUCACGUGUUGCGCGACGCGCCAAGAAGACAUGGGGGCAAAAGAGCAGUCGCAUCGUUGAAUCUAUCUCGAUGAAGUCUGUUGAAUCCAAGGGAAUUUCUACACCCAAGGCUGUGGACGAGGAGGUGCAACCAGGCUGGCCCAAGUCUGACUCCAAGACUCGACGACGCCUGAAGAUGCUAUGUCGACGCAAAUUCUCCAUUUCUCCUCACUAUCAGCGCAUAAUGCAGUCUCGCACUCCCGAGCCUAUCACGGAGAUGUUUGGCCCUCCUACGGAUACCCGCGUUAAAGACUUUGCUGAUAACUCUGCCUACACUACUCGUGACCUCGGAAUUUCUCUUGUCGCCUCCGAGCCGACUCCACUUUCUCAGGUUACACAAGACUUGCCCUUGACUACGGACUGGUUUAACAACCCUGUACCUGCUCAUGUCGAGCCACCAGUGGCCAAGACCCCUAGUCAACAUCUCCGUACCGGAUCUGCCCCUAGCAUCCCUCGCCUGGGAUCCCCAUUCGUGUAUAGCACUUGGGGCCCCGGUGGAUCAAGCCGUCAAAUCCAUGAUCUCAAUGCUCGACGUGGGACCGUUCAUGUUCCGGGUUACCGUGCCCGACGCAACACAUACUUAGACCAGUCUGUGCCCGAUACCGACGAUGUAUUCGCGAGCGUAUCCAGGGAGCAGAAGAAUCCUUCCGAUCAAGAAGUUGAACGUCGUUUGGAGGAUUAUGUUCGCGAUAACAAGUUCCAAGAUAUGGGCCAUGGUCGGGUCCGCGUUCGCAAUCGUGGAGCUACCACGAGUGCUGUCAAUCCCAGAGAUAUGGACCAGCUUUUCUCACCGCCCUCGUCUCUCAACUCAGGCCCAAUUGAGCCCGAGGAGACUACACCUGUUCUGAAGCCGCCCAUAAACCCAUUAUUGGACCUUGGCGAAAACAUCAAACGUCUUGGCUCACCCUUCCGGAUCGAAGGAGGAUUCAAGCGCCGCGAAGCCCCGAAGCGAGUCACUAGACAAGCACCUGCGCUGUCUGAUCCGUUCUUGAGCGGUGGCCCUUCACACACCAGGCGUGAUGACAGCACUUCUCCCAUGCAGGUUUCUCCGGCUCAAGUACAUAACAAAGUGCCGGGCCCUUUGCCAUACAAUGCUUCAGAGGACGGCCUUUCUGAUGCCGAGCGCAUCCGUCGGCAAAUCUUGAAUAUGCCCUUUACACGCAACUAA